UCAACACCGGCUGGAGAGAAGACGUGCGGAAGAUUCAAACUGAACAAUUAUUGUUAUUUUUUAUUUUCCUGCUUUGACAUGUUAAUUUGUAAGUCGGAAAUGGGUGUGAGUUGCACGCGGAACUAAACCUGCUUUACAGCCAAUAAAUAACCGAAUGAACAUUCCCCUCAUGUGGAUACCUUCUCCAAACUCUGGAUCUCAUUGCUUUUACGUUUAACAGGAAUCUUAAAUAAGGAGCUCAAACAAGGAGCCACGCAGCCUGAACACCGGGGACCUGCUGCCCGUCCAGACUCCGGUCCCCCGUCCUGCUUCUAGCAUGAUGUCUUAUCUCAAACAGGCCCCGUACGGGAUGAACGGACUCGGCCUGAGUGGAGCCGCCAUGGACCUGCUGCACCCGUCUGUGGGAUACCCCGCCAACCCGCGCAAGCAGCGCCGGGAGCGGACCACCUUCACCAGGACGCAGCUGGACAUCCUGGAGUCUCUGUUCGCCAAGACGCGCUACCCGGACAUCUUCAUGAGGGAGGAGGUGGCGCUGAAAAUCAACCUGCCGGAGUCCCGAGUCCAGGUUUGGUUUAAGAACAGAAGAGCCAAGUGUCGGCAGCAGCAGCAGAGCACCAACAGCGCCAAAGUGAAGCCAAUGAAGAAGAAGUCAUCUCCAACCCGAGAGAGCACCGGUUCAGACAGCAGCGGCCAGUUCACUCCACCAGCAGUGUCCAGCUCCUCCACGUCUUCAUCCUCCUCCUCUUCCUCCUCCUCCAUCUCCUCUGGACUUGGUGGACCUGGUCUGAUUAGCACCUCUACCUCCAUCACUUCUCCGGUGUCAUCUAUCUGGAGCCCGGCGCCCAUCUCCCCGGCUCCUGCGCCAGCUAAUCUACCUGACCCCGCCGCCCCCACCAGCGCCUCCUGCAUGCAGCGCUCGGUGUCAUCAUCUUCCACCGGAGCCACGCCCUCCUAUCCAGUGUCCUACAGCCAAACGGCCGCAGCAUACAGCCAGGGCUAUCCUGCCUCAGCAUCCGGCUCCUACUUCGGUGGCGUGGACUGUGGCUCCUACCUGGCACCCAUGCACUCCCACCACCACCCGCACCACCCUCACCAGCUCAGCCCCAUGACAGGCAGCUCUAUGUCAGGACACCCACACCACCACAUUAGCCAAACAUCAGGCCACCACCACCACCACCACCACCCACCCCAUCAUCACCAGGCGUACAGCACACCCAGCCUCACCUUCAACUCCACAGACUGUCUGGAUUACAAAGAGCAGACGGCAGCUUCGGCCUGGAAACUCAGCUUUAACGCCUCCGACUGUUUGGACUACAAAGACCAGGCCUCAUGGCGUUUCCAAGUGCUGUGACUUACUGUGGUUCUCUUCUUCUGUGUUUUAAAGAUGGUUUCUUUUUGAUAAUGGUUUAUUUUCUUGAAGAUCUUUCAAUCUAAUAGUAGAGACAUGAUUUAAAAUAUUUGUUUGUGGAAAUAUUUAAACCACGCACAGGGCAGCAGGCGCCAAGCUCAUCUCUAUGGUUACCAGUGGAUUAUUUUUCUACCCUGGACUCAUAAGAAACUGACCCAUUCACAACUUUUAAGGGCCUUCAAUAAUAGAUUUUCAGUGGAAGCUGUGAGUUCAUAAAGUUUGGGAUUUUCUUUGUUAUUCCUCAAAAGGAAGAAUACAAAAAAACAAAAAACAAAACAACAAACAAACAAACAAACAAACAAACAAACAAAAAAACAGACAUAAACCUUAUACGAUAAAAUAUAAGCAUACCUAAGACUCUAGAGUAAUUU